AUGGCACUACAUGGGACUACUGGCGCUUUGGAUGUGGUUGCAGUAGAGCAUUCGUCCGCCGUGUUCGGCCAUACCCACCAACAGCCACCACCCUGUAGGGUCGUCUAUGGUUCAUCCUAUGGCCCUAUGAUGCUGCAGCACAUCAGCCACCUAUCGCCAGUUGAUCCUGAAGAUAUAACAGGAGUGGUUCAUCCUCAAAUACAGCGUAGGACUCCGAAGACAGAGCAGCACGAGUCCUCUUGCAGCGGAUCCGAUAAUAGUGCUGACAUUCUCACAGAACUAUCCUCUGGUGAAUCGCUCAAACAUGCUCGAAAGAUCAAUCUCUACGUGAAUACACGCCCCUGGUGUUCCAUUUCCCACGCAUUUCCAGAAUGGUGUGGUUUCCAAGCGUCGGUUUGGGACAUAUCCACACCCAGACACCAAGUCAGAAAAACGAAAAAGACGCGUGUUCGGAAUUUCACGCUGUGGGUCGAGGACAAAACCUGUGCACCUGUUUGCUUCUGCCAUGUUGUCUUCCCAUUGUCUGAAAAGUUGGAGAACGUUGACUUACGCUAG